AUGGUUCGGUUCAUCACCGACCCACGUCAAGCCCCAACGGGCAAAUCCGCACUCCUAGUCAUCGGGGCUGGACUACCUCGUACCGCAACAUCAUCCCUCCAAGCCGCGCUGGAAGAGCUUGGUUUCGACCCAUGCCUGCAUAUGGCCCAAAUAAUCCCACAUGCAGACCGACAACAGCUCUUGUUAGAUGCUGAGCACGAGAAGGAUCCGCGCCGACGCCAGAAACUUAUACAUCAGCUGGUAGAUGGAUAUGCGGCUGUAUGCGAUAUGCCAGCGAUAUUCUUCCUUUCUGAUUUGAUGGACCUGUUUCCUGAUGCAAAGGUUGUGUUGAGUGUUCGUCCUCGCCCUGAUACAUGGGCGAAGAGCUGCUUUGAUAGCUUGAGCUUCUUCUUUACCCGCCAGUUUUACUGGAUUGGCUUCUGGUGGAAGACUGACCGCCUGUGGUAUCAACUCAACAUGCAUAUUCUGGACUGGUGCAAAGAGAAACACGGAGAGACGGAUAUAUUUACGGGGGCUUUGUAUGAGAGGUAUAAUGAGUCAGUGAGGAAGCUUGCGCAGGACCGAGGGCGCGAGGUCCUGGAAUUCAAGGCGGAGGAUGGCUGGAGGCCACUUUGUGAGUAUUUGGACAAAGAUAUCCCAAACGCGGAGUUUCCGCGGGUCAACGAGAAAAGAACGUUUGCAAUCAUCAAAGGAAUUGUGGUGACCAAGGGAUUGCUUACCUGGGCAGCUGUGGGGGGGAUAGCCUGGUUUGGGGGGAGAUAUGCCCUUUCUGUGUUCUCGUUGAUGAGGCCCAAUUAG